AUGGAUUCUCUAACCGCAAACAUACCAGAGCGCCUAGGUCGAUCCCGUGAACCGCUUCCAAACCUACGAGGUGAAGACGAGACUGAGAUAAGAUAUCUCGUUGAUCUGAUCGAGACGCAAUCAUGGAUUCUGUCACCUCUCAAACCACCCUCCUGCAUCCUAGGACGCCAUCCACCACCUAAAGACCCCAAUUCUUCCAAACAAAAGAUCAUUGAUCCUUCUCUUGCGUUUUGUGCUUCGCUCUACAGCAUCGGUCAAGGUGGGGUCAGGAGCUUGGAAGUGGGUCCUGAAGUGGGAAGGAGCAGAAAAGAAGCACUAGAGCGGCUAUUGGAAGUCGUGGAGAUGGAGAUUGGACGCAUGAUGUUGAAUGAUGAUUAUCAUGCACGCAAGGUGGCUAAGGACAGUAACAGUUCCAUUGGAAGUAGCGGUGUUAGCAGGACUGAGAGGGGGUAA